AAAUAUAGACCUGGAGAGAAUGUGAAAGUGAAAGCGGUUUUUGGAUCCGGACAAGAAGUGCGGCGAGAGAGUUUUUUUUUAACUUCGAGUACAAGGAGGACGAGACUGCGCAGGCGCGGAGCGAUUUAAAAGGCGACCCGCCGACAGUGACAAGAGCGACGCGCCGACUGUUUUUUAACCCCUUAGGGAAUCGGCCCGGACAGACAGAGGAACAGCAAGGCUCUCACAGCUAACGGUUUAAAAAGUUAGUGUGUUUGGCGAGGAGAUGGACCAAGCUCUCAGCUUACAAUAUCCUAUUAUUGGCUAAUUGAUGUCAUCUAAUAGCUGGCUAAUAAUUGAGUCCUCAUUGUCUUCUGACACAGUUGGUCUUGUUAUCUUGUGCAAGAAACUGGAUCGUUGAGACCAGCCAACCACAGUCGCAGUAAAUUAGUUUAUUGUUUCUGCUAAAGCUCAGUUCCAUAUCGGACAGUCUGCAUUGAUCACAGAGUGAAGGCUUUGAUUAGGGAAAGCUGUUGAAGACAUUUGUGUCCAAAUUGGAGCCCUACUUUCCUGAAAACAUGGAAUUAGAUCAAGAUUUAGCCAAAAAAAUGAAUGAAUUGCAGACGGAAAUUCAGCAGUGGACAGAACAAUCAUUGAAGUACAUCACUGAAUUGCGAGUAAUCGCUGAUUCCAUUGAUAAAUCUCAUGCAGAUGCUACCGAGACAAACAUUGCAGGCUCUGCUAUAGGAGCUGUGGGAGGAAUGCUAAGUAUUGCAGGAUUGAUUGCUUCUCCUUUCACAUUGGGAAGCUCAUUAGUGCUUACUGGUUUGGGGACGAUAGUUGGUUCUGCUGGUGGGGUCACCAACAUUGUAGCCAGUGUUUCUGAGACAAGCUAUCAAAGAAGAAACCAGAAAAGAGUAGAUGAAAUUAUACAGCAAUAUCUCAAGCAACAGCAAGAUAUGAUAAACAAACUAGAGCUACUCAACAAAGCAAUUGAAUUUUUCAUUAAAAUUGAGACAAGAAAUGUACCAAAUGCAGUAUUUGUUGGCACAACUCGGGGUAUCACGAAGAGCUUAAAUAGUAUAUCUACAGUUACUUCAGCAGUGACUAAAAAGGCCUUUAAAGUAUUCAAAGGUGUUUCAGGAGUUUUGGUAGGUCUUGCUGUGGUAUGGGAUAUUUAUUCUGUAUGGAAGGAUAACAAAGAACUGAAAGACAAAGAGACAGAAAUUUCUCAUAUGAUCCGGGAGGUAGCUAAGAGUAUGGAGGAAGAAAGGGGCAAUUUUGAGAAAAUUCCAUCAGUGUUGAAGAACUGCACUAAGCUGCAGAAAUUUCAGGAACAAUUGGGAAGAUAAUGAAGAAAUUCAAGAGGUCAGGCAACAUUUGGCUGACGUGUUGAGUUCUUCCAAGAUUUGCUGUGUUGUUGCAAAUUCCAGCAUAGGUAAUCUUUGGAGACUCAAUAAAUAUCUGGUUGAUUACUGAUCAUGAAGAGAGCACAUAAAAAUGUUUUUUGAUAUACUGAAUUAAUUCUCCCUAAAUUAGUAGCAGUUCUAUAUUGCUUAUAAACUAUCCACCCUUUAAAAUCUAAGUUUUCUUUUGCUUCCAAAUUCAAAUUCGUUAUUGACCUGACAACUGCUUACAGGACCAUAAGACAUCAGUGUAGAAUUCGCCCAUUGAGUUUUCUCUGCGAUUUCAUUGUGGCUGAUUUAUUAUCCCUCCCAAUCCCAUUCUCUUCCCUUCUCUUCAUAACCCCAGAUGCCCUAGUUACUAAUCAAGAAACUAUCGACCUCUACUUUAAAAAUACCCAAUGACUUGGCCUCCACUGAGUCUGUGGCCAUGAAUUCCACAGGUUCACCACCCUCUGGCUAAAGAAAUUUCUCCUCAUCUCUGUUCCAAAGAGAUGUCCAUCAUGUCCUGAGGUUGUGCUCUGUGGUCCUAGUUUUGCCACAAAUGGAAACAUUCUCUCCACAUCCACUCUAUCUAGGCCUUUCACUAUUCAACUGGUUUCAAUGAGAUCUCCCUCUCCCUCAUCCUUCUAAACUCCAGUGAGUACAAGCAGAAAGCCAUGAAAUGGCCCUCGUAUGUUGAUCUUUUCAUUCCUGGGAUCACUCUUGUGAGCCUCCUGUAGACCAUUUCCAAAACCAGCACAUCCUUAUCUAUUAUCUGCUUCUUACGUUGGCCCAGGCUCAAUCUAUUUAAACUUCCGAUUUGACAGCCAUCCUGAUUUGCACUAUUUGAGUUCAGUGUUAAUGUUCUCUCUUGCUUUUGGCUCAUUGACUACCACUCAGUCCAUUCUGUUCGGCCCAUUAAUCUGGCCCCAAAGUAUUAGCAUUGACCGAAGCCUCAAAUGCAGGAUGUGCCUGAGGGACGUGAGGUGUCUGUGGAAUACCAGCUGCCCUGAGACCCAACACAACUGGCACCUGCAAAUGUUCUUGGCUUCUUUACCAGAAAGAAGCAGGCCAGUUCAGACGAGAGUGCCCUGGUAACUGGAAGUAAUUAAUGGAAAGAUUAAGCAUUCCAGGAUUGGAAAAUGCAUUAUUCCUCAGGAGGAUAGAAUCAGUUUUACAGGGACACAAAGAGAAAGUGUCUGACUGAGAACCCAUGACGAAAAGAACAGCUGUCAAUGUUGGUUUAGGAAGCUCCCUGACAUUCAUUGGUUGUCAUCGGGGCCAUACCGGAAAGUAGCAGUUAGUCAGAUCUCUUUACCGCACCAGUAAUCAGAUUUUCAACUAAUUAAAAAAUAACAAUCAAUAAUACUUUAAAAAGAUUUAUUUUCAUGUGAUUAUAAAAUAAUCUGAUUUGUUUGUGAAGCAUGCAAAUAUAAAAAAAGUUAUUCCAUUUGCUGAAGAGGACUUGCAUUAUGUCAACAAAACAAAAUUUUCUUUCAAUUCGAAUUGAAGUCCUCACUUUUCGAUGUAUUGUGUGAAAUUAUUAAAUAUGUCUAAUGAUACAUUCAUUACAUUCAGAUUAUUUUAACUCAUUUAGUUUAUUACCACUGAGGUUUUUCUGUCUGAAUAAUAUCUAAUUGUAAUGCUUUGCAUUUGAUUGAGAAUUAAAUCAAACACAAAGCAGAGGAGCCAAAGGAAUAUCUGUCAUGAGAAGCACAGAGGAACAGCUGGAGUAACUUCUGAAAUGCCUGCUUCGCUGCUGCUGCUACUGUGUGAUUGAGAAUCCCCGGAGACGAAGGCCCCAAAUCCUCGGCUUUGCCUAUUGCCUGUUGCCGGGGCUGGGGUUGAAGCGCUAGGCAGAGAUGGUGCUCGGUGCUCGGUGUCAAAUAUGUGGUCAGAGGCUUGGAGUUUUUGGACAGACUCUGAGUCGGACUGUGGUCGGAUGCUUCCGGGAUGCUGCAUCGGCAAGUUGGCAGCGCUGGAGGUUCACCAUCUGCGUGAGAUGACGGGACUUUCGAGAGACAUUGAGAUUUUUACUGUACCGUGGUCUGUUCUUAUCAAAUUAUGGUAUUGCUUUGCACUGUUGUAACUAUAUGUUAUAAUUAUGUGGUUUUUGUUAGUUUUUCAGUCGGUUUGUCAUGUGUUUUGGUGAUAUUCUGGAAAAACGUUGUAUCAUUUCUUAGUGCAUGCAUUACUAAAUGACAAUAAAAGGGGACUGCAUGUCCUCAUAAUCAUAAAUGAGCUACCUAUGCUGUACUUGAUUCACUUCAAAAGUAAUACAAACACUUAAAUUGAGUGUGCAGAAUAUUUUUUAAAGGAACAAGUUCUUUGCAGAAGGUGAUUGGGGUCUGAUCUCUCCUGUAGAGAGAUUAAUAAUUUCUCCCUUUAGGGAAUGAUUUGCUGUUAACAACAGCAACCUAUAUAUUGACAUUGAAAAUCAUCCCAUGGCUCUCCACAAAAGCAUAAUUCUC